CAGGGUCUUCCUUUCGGCUUCCAAGUCAAGACGUUGCCGCUCUACCUGCGCGUGCAUGAUGUCAGCCUCACAUCCAUCUCGUUUGUGGGAGCCUUGUCCUUGCCCUGGAUGCUCAAGCUUCUCUGGGCCCCCUUUGCUGAUACAUACUACUGGCCGACUGUUGGGCGUCGUCGCUCCUGGAUCAUUCCUGCCACCGCCAUCCUCGGUAGGCACCUUGAGGUGGCCCCAUAUUUCCUUUUUUUGAAGGCCCCGGGCUCGCCGCGCUCAAUGUGGUCCCACAUCCUUAGUGUGGUGUUGGUGGCUGUUUUUGUCAUGAAUCUGGCGGGCUCAGUGCAAGACGUGGCUGUGGAUGGCCUUGCCAUUGACAUCCUGCAGACUGACCUGCGUGGCUGGGGCAAUGCAAUGCAAGUGGUGGGCUACAAGGUGGGCAUGCUUUUGGCAGGCGGCGUCCUGGUUCACGUCGCUACCUGGGGACAAGACACCGCCGACACUGCCCACGCCGAUGCCACCAGCUGGAGCACCGUCAAAACCGGAUCCGGCGCCAGCAAAGGCACCAACCAACGCUCGCCUGCCGAGGCUGACUGGGUAACAGCGGCCCGGGCGGCUCUUCGGGUGAUACUCUCCCCAGCGACGCGGUCAUGGAUUGCAUUUCUCUUACUUUACAAACUGGGUGAGGUAAUGGCGGAUGUCAUGUUCAAGCCCUUUUUAGUGGAUGCGGGAUUCUCAACUGCUGAAAUCAGCGGUUGGACAGCGGGUGUGGGUAUGAUCAUGUCAAUUGCAGGCUCUCUGCUCGGCGGUUGGGUCUGCCAGAAGAUGAGCACGUCCACUGCCCUAUUCUGGGCCUUGGUCGGCCGCCAAGCCUGCCAAUGCGGCAGGUGGUAUCUUGCGCUGAGCGGUGCAACAACACCUGGCUUGGUCAUUGCCGUUAUUGCUGCUGAGGCUCUUACUGGCGGCCUACUAACCACUGCCGUCUUUACCCUUAUGAUGAAUAAGGUCAGCGCCGAAGCUGCUUCUACCGAGUACACCGCGUUCAUGGCAUGUGAGAUGCUGGGCAAAUCGGUCGCGUCACUCAUAGCAGGGGCCCUUGCCGAUGCUUUUGGUUACCCCAUCUUCUUCACCCUGACUACGCUGGUAAGGAAGGACUUG